CUACUCUCGGAAGACACGGCGAACUCCGGUUUGGUGGCUGUGCAGGGCGUCUAUGUACUAUCAUGUAUAUAGCAAUCCUCAGAACUUUACCAUACCAUUGUCCUCGACGUGCACUUAACGGGGGUACUUCUGGAUAGGACGAACAAACCAUCUACUACCCACAGUGCGGCGGUCAGUAUGAGAUAUCUCACAGUCGUAUUUAGGAUACGGACUUCUUGGCCCGGAGGUUGGAUGUUUAUCGCGCGAUAGGGUCAUAUGACCUCGUUCCCUAAAGCCUAUCAUACUGAGUGGGUAUUAAAGGAAGACUCAGAGUGUUGAGAAUGGCACAUUUUCUUACAUGGGCAACCUCCAGCGAAGAGUCGCUAUCAUUGGCACCGGUGUUGGCGGAUUGUCCCAAGCUAUUGCUCUCAAAACCAAGCUCGGAUUUGAGGAUUUCACAAUAUAUGAGAAAGGGUCUGAAGUUGGCGGAGUGUGGAGGGCCAACACAUAUCCUGGAUGCUCGUCGGAUGUCCAAAUCCAUUGGUACAGCUUAUCAUCAGACCUUUACCCAUACUGGAACAAGUCACAUGGCCUUCAACCGGAGAUUCAAGCCUACUGGAUUAAGCUCUCGAAGAAAUAUGAUCUAUAUCCACACAUCGCAUUCAACACAAAGGUGUUAUCUGUCGAAUGGGAUGAUGCGAAACAACAGUACACUCUUAUUGCGGAAAACGUCUUUUCGGGCAAGAGGAUGACGAGUGUGGCCCACGUCGUGAUAUCUGCCGUUGGUAUUUUGGAGGCCCCAAAGAUUCCAUACGAGAUCCCUGGAGUUCGGAGUUUCCAGGGGCCUUCGUUUCACUGCGCACGGUGGCCAGGCUCAGUAGAUCUGCAGAAUAAGCGUGUUGCGGUGAUUGGAAACGCGUCUUCCGGAGCGCAAUUCGUGCCAUCUGUUUCAGAAGACCCAUCUGUUGAGGUAGUCAACUUCAUCCGUACCCCGACCUGGUUCAAUACUCGACCACAUAUUCCGUACUCGGAGAAUGAGAAAUGGAUAUUUGCCAACAUCCCCCUGGCGAUGCGAUUGCAUCGAGCAUGGAUUAUGUUCUGGUUCGAUCUUCCCACUAUCGUACGCCCGAGUGACAAAACUCUGAAGAAACGACGUGAGGCGAUGACAAAAUACAUCCUUGAUAGCACACCCAGUAAAUACCAUGCUCAUAUGAUACCCAAUUAUCCUCCAGGUUGCAAGCGAACCGUCGCAAACAGUGGUUUCCUGGCAAGUCUCCAUCGCCCUAACGUGACGCUGAACUUCGACGGAAUCGCCGAAAUAGUGGAGAAUGGUAUCAUCACAAAGACUGGUGAAAUUUUGCCAUUUGAUGUCAUCGUAUACGCGACCGGAUUCAUCGGCGAGCGGUACCCGAUGCACGUUCGAGGCUUGAAUGGAACCACCAUCCAAAGCUAUUAUGAUACACAUGGUGGCCCUACCGCAUACCUCGGGACUGCAGUUCCUGACGUACCAAACUUUUACUUCCUAGCUGGACCAAAUUCCGGAACACCGACAUCAACGUUGUUCAUGGAAGAAGUCCAGGUUGCAUACAUCCUUCAACUCAUAGAGCCGGUCCUUACUGGUUUGGCCUCAUCUUUUACUGUCAAAGCUUCACCCACAGAUGCAUAUAAUGCAAAGCUUCAUGAACGAAUCUCCCGCUCGGUGUUCGUCCACUGCCACUCAUGGACACGUACGAACGGCACAGGCAAGGUAUUUUAUCCGUUUCCUUGGCCUGCGACGGUUUGGUGGUGGUGGCAUCGCAAACCGAAUUGGGAUCAUUAUGUGGCAGUCGGCGCCGAGAAAUGGGUAUGGGCAAGGCGAACAAAGGCUGUGAAGAAGGCUUUGAAAUGCACUGCAGUCUUAUUGCUGUCGUGGUUAUACAUCCGUGGUUCCGCUUCGCGGAUUUUACACGACAUGGUAGUGACAAAAUUCUUGAGUAAAUUUACCCUCCGUCUUUGAGGCGCCACAGAGACGAAUCAUAUAUAAGUAGAACCGGGAAGGCUUUUGUCAUAUGUCCUCACGAGGAAGAUUGUCAAUCAGAACGAUACAACGAAUUGACCCUG